UCUCAAUCUGUCAGUGUCACGAUUUUACAAACCCAUUUGUGUCACGUCGAAAAAGUUCAUACGUAAUGUUAUUUAUUUAUGUGAUUUCCUUUUUGUUGCAAACUUUCUGACGAAUAGCCACAUUCUUGAAAUCUAACAGUGACAAAUCAAUUUCACAUAACACAAAUGGCUGCGAUAGCUUUAAAGAUUAAAAAUAAGGAUGGACAGCAUGUUUUAAAAGAUUUGACCUCUGAAAGUACAGUGGGCGAAUUGAAAAUAUUUCUUUCUAGUUUAUCAGACGUUGGUAUAGAAAGAAUUCACGUGUUAUUUGGUUAUCCACCGAAGCCUCUCGACAUUAGUAAUGACAACAAAAAGUUAAAUGAAAUCGGUUUAAAAACUGGUGAAACUUUAAUAUUGGAAGAAAAACAAGCUCAAGAAAAUACGCAGAAAAAUGAACCACAGAAGCCUGUAGAAAACGGUGUAGUAUCUCACGAGACUAUAGGAUCGUGUAGACCUGGAAUUCUAAUGAAAAAAGUAGUCCCUCCAGAUAACUCUUGUUUAUUUACUAGUAUAGGUUUUGUACUAAAUGGUAAUGUGGAUACUAGUGUCCAUAGUUUAAUGAGACAGAUUAUUGCUAUGGAAGUGGCGAGCGAUCGUGAGACUUACAAUGAAGGAGUGCUUGGUCAGCCGAAUGCAGAUUAUUGUGCCUGGAUUCAGCAGCCAAGUUCCUGGGGCGGUGCUAUAGAGGUUGCUAUAUUAUCUCGUUUCUAUGGUAUUGAAAUGGCGGUUGUGGAUACAUUAAAUGCAAUUAUUAAUAGAUUUGGUGAGGAUAAGAAUUAUGGGCAGAGAGUGUUUCUGUUGUUUGAUGGAGUUCACUAUGACCCUCUCUAUUUGGAGCAGUCUGAUGGUGGUCUACAAACGAUAUUUCCUUCUGAGGACAUGGAAAUUUACAGAGAGGCGGAACAAUUAGCACAUGAGGCUAAAUCCUCGCGUCAAUUUACUGACCUUAAUAAAUUCACGCUUAAAUGCCUUGUCUGCAAUAAGUUCCUCACGGGGCAGGCGGAGGCGCAGCGCCACGCUAAAGAAACUAAACACACUAACUUUGGAGAAUUCUAGCAUCAUUGGGCUCAAUGUAGAUUAUUAAUUUUAUAACUGGCAACUUUAAAUGUCUAUGGUCGAAAGUCACAAAUUUGACAGUUAAAAAUGAAUUUUAACGGCUCCAACGUAGACUGUCGUAAGUUUAAUUUUGCGAUUCACACCUUGUUUUAUGUUUUGUAAAGUGAGUACUAAUUUCAAAUUGUUAGAAAAAACUGUAGAUUUUAGCUGUCUCUAUGUUGUAUAUUUGAUAUGUUGUAAUUAAUCGUAUUAAUGCUUUGUAAAAUCUCCGUUUCAAACAUACGAUAAUUUACAUAGGAGCCGUCUAUUUGUUAUUACUGUUCUUAUUGAUUUUGUUAUAGCGUGGAAAUAUAAAUUUGUUUAGCACAUAUCUCGAAAUUAUUGUAUAUUAUUAAAUUAAAUAAAAUCUAUAUUUCUAUUUGACAAAAAUCUCUUAUUGACAUAGGUAUAGUGGUACAAACUUAUCUCACUUGGUGUGGCGCUGUUAUCGCGGUUAGUUUUAUCAAAAAAAUAUCUUGGCAAACAAAGUAAAAACAUGUUACAAUGGCUAUUUUAGUAUUUCUGCCCACUAGGCCAGAUACAUUUGACGAACUGUACGUAAUUGUCAUAAACCAUGCUAUUGGGAGCGAAUAAUAGUGAUUUAACUAUUUUAAAAAUCAAUAAAUUUGUCAUUUGUUUUAUAGUGUUAUAAAUUACUUUGAAAUUGUUUUUCCGUCCUGAGUUUCUUUGUCUUUUUAGUACUAAAUCACAAUAAACCCAAUUUAUAUUUAAAAUGAAUGUUAGUGCCCUUUUGAUUUUAUUAGGAAGGAAGUGUGUUCAAUUUUACGGUAAAUUCUAAAAAUAGACAGUUUUAAAUUUGCCAAGAAGCAUAUACAUUAGAACCUCGGGAAAUAAAAACCUGUAUAACUUCAAAAAAUAAUAUGUUCCCUUCCUAUCAGAGCCCAAAACCUCUAUAACAUGGACCCUUGAUAACUUAAAAUAUUUUGUGUUCCCCUUGGACUUUAACUUAUCGAGGUUCUGCUGUAUAAUUAACACAUUAAAUGCCAUCGAACGGUUUUACGAGAGCUUACGUAUGGCAUUGAAUGUGUUUGGAAGAAUUAUUUUAUUACUAGUUAGAAAUGCUAGUUUAGCUUUUUCAUGCAUCACUGCCAUUAAUAUUAAAAACGAUUGACACAAGACUAAUAUCACAAACAUGUUGCCUUAGAAUAAUUGUUAAUAAAAUCUAUUAAAAAGUUUGGGAAAAAUGGGUAGUUUUGACAAUUUGUGUGAUCGCCAUUUCUCCAAGACCAGGAUAAAAAUGAUUUAUUUAUAGAGGAUUACCGAUUUUUACCAUAAUAAAUAUUUCACGAACCAAAGUAA